AUGAAGGCAAAAGCGUCAAUUGCCACAGCCUUAUUGGCAUCUUCCGCUUUGGGUGGAGCCUCAGCCGAUGCAGUCGCGGUUCGUCAGCAUCUAUACGCAACCUAUCCCAGUCUGACCGUCUGGGAUCCUCUCAGCUCCUAUGGCGCAGAGACUAGCUCAAAUAGAGACAAAUACACUUCCGCUCUUCAAGGGUAUUGGAACGCAGUGAACGCCCGGAAUCGUCCUGCUACCAAUGGUGGUGUACUGAUCUCCUUCAACGAAAACCUCUCUUCGGUGACUCGCUCGGCCGAUGGGGAGAGCUUCAAAGUCGGCCCAGGUGCUCGAUUGGGCGACGUAUACGAGGUAACUGCCAAAACAAAUCAAGUGGUGGUUGGAGGGCGCGUGGCCAAUAUUGGAGGAUUGCCGUGCGAUAAUGUGCUCAACUUCCAAGUAGUGUUGGGCAACGGGACCAUCGUCGAUGCGAAUCGCAUUUCUCAUUCGGAUCUCUGGUGGGCAUUGCGAGGAGGCGGCAACCGGUUCGGCAUCGUCACCAAGUUCACGUUGCAAGCCGAUGACCUCGGCGACAAUGGACAGGUCUGCGGAGGUAUCCGAUCAUACUCCGCCGACAAGCGACAAGUAUUCAAGGCCCUGUCUACCUUUAUCCGGGAUUACCCAGAUGCCAAAGCCGCAGUUAUUCCAACCUUUAGCUUUGGGUCGCCAGGCUCAAAUCCGACGAUAGUCUUCUUCUAUAAUGGUUCAACGCCUCCCGCAAACGCAUUCUCCGGGCUGGAGGAUGUCGAGCCAAUCCUAGACACCACAGCGACAACGACCUAUGUCAAUAUAACCAACCAAACGGGGGGGCUAGGCCAAAUGGAUUCAGCGCGAGUGCUCGGGUGA